AAUCUGCAGGUGAAAUUGAACAACACGCCGCAAUCACACUAUAACCAGUCAGUUCUUCUAUUUCUGUCUCUCAAUUGAAGCAUUCAAAUUGACAAUGACCAAGGAGACUACUCCCCCUCCCACCACAACCACAACCGCACCAACCCACGAACCACCCUCACAACCGGCCUCGCCCCUCGCCAAACGAACAAAACCCAACACCGACAACGACAAGAUGUCUACCCCCGCCGUCACCUCCAUCUCUGCACCCCUCCCUCCCCUCUUCGUCAAGAAACUCACCGACACCGCCCAAGCGCCAACCCGGGGCUCUGCUUUUGCGGCAGGAUAUGACCUCUACAGCGCGAAGGAGACUGUGAUCCCGGCGAAGGGGAAGACGCUGGUUGAUACGGGACUUGCGAUUGCUGUGCCGGAAGGUUGCUACGGCCGCGUGGCACCGCGGAGUGGACUUGCUUCGAAGCACUUUAUUGAUACUGGGGCUGGUGUUAUUGAUGCUGAUUAUCGGGGUGAGGUGAAGGUGUUGUUGUUUAACUUUUCUGAGGUUGAUUUUGCGGUUAAGCAGGGAGAGAGGGUUGCGCAGCUUGUUUUGGAGAGGGUGGGUUUUUCCUUUUCUCUUCCCCUCCCCCCGCCCUAGAUGAUGCAUAGUAAGGUGAAUGCUAACGAAGGCAGAUUUAUACCCCUGAGGUUACGGUCGUCGAGGAAUUGGAGGAGAGUGUUCGUGGUGCGGGUGGUUUCGGAAGCA